AUGGGCUCACAGACCGGCCCUGAGGCCGCGAGCGAUGAGGACGACUACAUGAACAUGACCUUCGAAGACGACACAACCUCUAAGAGGGGCGAGACCCUGACCCAGCGGAAAAGGCGGCUUGCUCGAGAAGCCGAAAUCAAAGGCCGACCAAAGUCCAAGGCCGAAGUCGCGCAGGAAGAGCGAAAGAAGCGGGAGUCGGCACUGAAUACCACCACGCUGGACACAAGCAACAAGGGUUUUAAAAUGAUGGCUGCAUUGGGCUACAAACCGGGGAGUGCUUUGGGCGCAUCUAGAGCAGCCACAGAUGGCGAAAAAGACGAUCGCCUCCUCGAACCUAUCGGUCUGGAAAUACGAGAUUCCCGUUCUGGAAUCGGAGCCGACGCAGAAAAGAAGCGCAAAUUCAGAGAAGAGGUGGAAGCACAGCAAGAAGCGGGCAAGAAGAGAAAGGUCGAGGCCGGCGAGUUCCGGGAAAGGCAGCAGAAAGAACGAGAAGAGAAGAAGAUGGAAGUUCAAAUAUGGGCGGCGAUGAAGGUUUGCGAAAGGCUGGACGAGGAGGAUGAGGGAGAAAAGUCCCUCGAUCAGAAAACUGACACUGCAGAGCCAAGAAGGCCCAGGCCGUUGAAGAGCAUCAACGUCUUAUGGCGCAGCCUCGUCAAGCAGAGAGCCAUUAAUGAACGCGAUCGAAGGAUGAGGUAUGACCUCCACCAGUCUCUGUCGAGACGGCCUGAUUACAUCGAUCCUGAUGAAGAAAAGGAGGACCGGAUGGCAUUAGGGAGGAAGGCGGAAGUGGAGGAGGUGGACGUUGAUCUUGACGAGGAAGACGAAGAACUUAAUGAAUUCGAGGCCCUCGAGGUGCCGGAGAAGUUGUCAAAGCUCGUGGCAUAUCUUCGAGAAAGGUGGAACUAUUGUUUUUGGUGCAAAUACAGGUACCCAGAUGAGAAAAUGGAAGGGUGCCCCGGGACGACGGAGGUAGAUCAUGAUUGA